CAGUGUGGCAAAAAACAAUGGCGAACAAACUGUGAAACUACAAAUUUGUGUUGCUGACAUCUGGUCGCUUGUAAAACUAUUUCGGACAGAUUUUGUGAUAUUUCGUUGUGAUCGGUCGAUAAAUCUCUAAGUUUUUUUUUAAUGGAAAGUGCGAACGAAUUGUAGCGUUUGGGAAGACAGCAGCAAAGGUGAGCAAAAGAAAUAUUUGCUUUGCAAAUAAUUACAAACAAGUAGUUGUACGUCUAACGGUACUCCUCGCCAACCGCCAAGCUGUCCGAAAAACAGUGCAAGGAGUUACACCGCCCAGACCGCAUAUAUAACACACCAAAAGGACUUCCAAACAAAUAGGAACACCACCACACACACCAAUAUCGUCGCCGAAAUGGACAUGAUCACAGUGGGGCAGAGCGUCAAGAUCAAGCGCACGGACGGCCGUGUCCACAUGGCCGUGGUGGCGGUGAUCAAUCAGUCGGGCAAGUGCAUCACAGUAGAAUGGUAUGAACGGGGCGAAACUAAGGGCAAGGAGGUGGAACUGGACGCCAUUCUCACGCUCAAUCCGGAGCUAAUGCAGGACACCGUGGAGCAGCAUGCCGCCCCGGAGCCCAAGAAGCAGGCCACCGCCCCGAUGAACCUCUCCAGGAAUCCCACACAAUCGGCCAUUGGCGGCAAUCUCACCAGCCGCAUGACCAUGGCAGGAAACGUGCUAAACAAGAUCCAGGAGACUCAAUCGAUUCCGCAUCCGCUGGGCAACAGCAAUAGCGUCAACACGAACAGCAACUCGAACACCACAGCCGGAGGAGCCACCACCGGAUUGCAGCGACCGCGUUACUCGCAAACUGCCGCUGGCCAGCAGCAGACGAGAAUCGCCUCGGCAGUGCCAAACAACACAUUGCCCAACCCCGGAGCGGGGGCCACUGCUGCUCCAGCAGCGCAGGCUGCCGCUCCGGCUAGUAACACAACCCAGGGAGCCGGCGGCGGUGGUGCUCGCCGAUCGCAUGCCCUAAAGGAGGUGGAACGGCUGAAGGAGAACCGCGAGAAGCGGCGCGCUCGCCAGGCCGAGAUGAAGGAGGAGAAGGUGGCCUUAAUGAACCAGGAUCCGGGCAAUCCCAACUGGGAGACGGCGCAGAUGAUACGCGAGUACCAGGGCACGUUGGAGUUUGUGCCGCUGCUCGAUGGCCAGGCCGUCGAUGACCAUCAGAUCACCGUGUGUGUGCGGAAGCGACCUAUCAGCCGCAAGGAGGUCAAUCGCAAGGAGAUCGACGUCAUCUCGGUGCCGCGCAAGGACAUGCUCAUCGUGCACGAGCCUCGCAGUAAGGUCGACCUAACCAAGUUCCUGGAGAAUCACAAGUUUCGCUUCGACUACGCCUUCAACGACACGUGCGACAAUGCCAUGGUAUACAAAUACACAGCCAAGCCGUUGGUUAAAACAAUUUUCGAGGGCGGAAUGGCGACGUGCUUCGCUUACGGCCAAACAGGAUCCGGCAAGACACACACCAUGGGCGGCGAGUUCAACGGAAAGGUGCAGGACUGCAAGAACGGCAUCUACGCUAUGGCGGCCAAGGACGUUUUUGUUACUUUAAAUAUGCCACGCUAUCGCUCCAUGAAUCUAGUCGUUUCGGCCAGCUUCUUUGAGAUCUACAGUGGCAAGGUCUUCGAUCUUCUGGCCGACAAGCAAAAGCUGCGCGUCCUGGAGGACGGCAAGCAGCAGGUGCAGGUGGUGGGCCUCACCGAGAAGGUGGUGGACAGCGUCGAGGAGGUGCUGAAGCUAAUCCAGCACGGCAACGCUGCCCGCACAUCCGGCCAGACGUCGGCCAACUCGAAUUCGUCGCGUUCGCACGCCGUCUUCCAGAUUGUGCUGCGGCCGAUGGGCUCCACAAAGAUCCACGGCAAGUUCUCGUUCAUCGAUCUUGCGGGCAACGAACGUGGGGUGGACACCUCGUCGGCUGAUCGUCAGACACGUAUGGAAGGUGCCGAGAUCAACAAAUCGCUGCUGGCCCUCAAGGAGUGCAUCCGGGCGUUGGGCAAACAGUCUGCCCACUUGCCCUUCCGGGUCUCCAAACUGACCCAGGUGCUGCGCGACUCGUUUAUCGGCGAGAAGAGCAAGACCUGCAUGAUCGCCAUGAUCUCGCCGGGACUGAGCUCCUGCGAGCACACGCUCAACACGCUACGCUACGCGGACCGUGUCAAGGAGCUGGUGGUGAAGGAUAUCGCCGAGGUCGGCCCUGGCGGCGACAGCGAACCCAUCGAGAUCAUGGACGACGAGGAGGAGGAGGAGCUCAACCUGGUGCAUCCGCACUCUCACCAGCUGCACCAGAACACGCACGCGGCCUCUCAGUCGCACAACCAGCGUGUCGGCGGUCCUGGUUCUCAUCACUCGGGACCUAGUAUUCACAACAACAAUAACAACAACAACAAGAACGGAAACGCUGGAAACAUGGACCUGGCCAUGCUGAGUUCGCUGAGCGAACACGAGAUGUCCGAUGAGUUGAUUGUACAGCACCAGGCCAUUGACGACCUGCAGCAGACGGAGGAGAUGGUGGUGGAGUAUCACCGCACCGUGAACGCCACACUCGAGACCUUCCUCUCCGAGUCGAAGGCGCUGUACAACCUGACCAACUAUGUGGACUAUGACCAGGACUCGUACUGCAAGCGGGGCGAGUCGAUGUUUUCGCAGCUGCUGGACAUCGCCAUCCAGUGCCGGGACAUGAUGGCCGAGUACCGCGCAAAGCUGGCCAAGGAGGAGAUGCUUUCGUGCAGUUUCAACUCGCCGAACGGCAAGCGUUAGUUCCCGCACCCCAUUUGAUCACCUGCCCCUUUUUUUUACACAACCUUCCCCUCUGGCUUCCCGUCUUUGUUUAUAGAAUGCGAAAUGCACUCUCACUAGAACUUUAAAUUUUUUAUUGAACCCUCCCACUUGACCCCCUCGCAGUUGGAUACCAUCGGCCUUGGAGGCCCUGGUCCACGCUUGAAGUCCUGGCGAGGGGGUCGGGUGGCGGGUUACUCUUACACAAAAAGUCGUUUGGACCGAAGGACGGACGGACGGACAGAAUCGACAUUAGAACAGAAGUUUUUAUAUACAAAACAUGUGUAAAUCAGAUAUCCCAUUUCUUUUGGCAUUUUUAACGAUCUGUCGUCUAGCGUAUUAAUAAAAAUUUCUGCAUCCGUUCUGAGAAA